GGCAGCAAUUAAAAGAACGUCCGACAAAUUUUUGACAGAAGGCACGUGUCUCGACCUUAAUAAAGGACGGAGUGGAAGAAUGAGAACUGGAAGAACGAUGGAAAACAGUGACUUAGUUCGACAAUCUCUUGAAGAAAAUGGACAACGUUCUACUAAUCUACUCGAAGAUGAAUGGUCUUGGAUUAAGCCCAUGCACGUUCAAAUCGUGAAAAUCGACCUGAAAUUUCAUCCGUAUGUGUUAAUACGCAGACAGGAAUUAAAAGAAGGCGACCCAGCACAACGGCUUGUAUUUUGCAAUCGAUUUGUUGACACAAACCCUGGCUUUCAUGAUCAAUUAAUAGUUUCUGAUGAAGCAGUUUUCAGCCUAAACUCGGAAGUAAACUCUCGCAAAGUUGUCAAAUACGCAGAAUACGGUAACGGUCACCCCUCGCGAACAUUACGUUGAAUUCGUCCAAGGUGCCGAACAAGUGAUGGUGUGGGCAGGUUUAACAAGAGCUGGUGCUGUCCUUGGCCUACAUUUUGUGGAAUGGAAUCUCGACAGCAGAGAGUAUUUACGGAUUAUUCGCUAUCAUGUAAUUCAGAGAGACUUUCGUGAAACCAAUAACCGUCGUGUAAUGUGGUGGCAGCAAGACGGUGCCCCUUGCCACAUCAGCAAUGCGACGAUGCGAUAUCUUCGCAGACAGUUUCCAGGCAAG